UUGCAAGACUCUGGCGUUCCUUUAUGCCGGAGAACUUCCCUCUACUCACCAGGUUUUUGCUUUUUUGAUUCAAUAAACUUUUUAUAACUAUAUAUCUACAUAUUAUAUUUGAACAAACAGAGUGCUGCAAGGUUUAUAUUGACCCAAUCAAUAUAACUAUCUUGCGCUUAUCUCUCACUCUGGAACUAUCUCUCACUCAUUACUGGAAUCUGUCAUUUUUCAUGUGAUCGUUGUCAACGGCACUGGCCUCGGGGAAAUAUUCUGAGUUCCUACUCCCCAAUAGAUAGACUCAAAUACGGUCCAACUAUUGAUUGCAAGACUCUGGCGUUCGCGUUCCUUUUUGCUGGAGAACUUACCUCUACUCACCAGUGACUUUAAUGAUGGAUCAAUCCUCAACACUCAGUGACUCUAAAGAAAAAGAUCGGAUCAGCAAUUUGCCAGACGCAAUUCUUUCUCAUAUAUUGUGUUUUAUGCCCACGAAAUAUGCUGCCCGAACCAGCUUAUUAUCUACCAGAUGGAAAUCCAUUUGGACUUCAGUCCACAUUAUUGACUUAGACAGUUUUAGUAAGAGAGGCCACAACGAGCAAAGUUCUGGCUUCAUGGAUUUUGUAGACAGACUUUUGCUUCUCCGCAAUUCCCCAAAUUUAAAUAAGUUUCACCUUCGAUGUCGAUUUGGGUACUAUAAUCCGUAUCGUCUUAAUUCAUGGAUUUGCACCGUAAUCAAGCUUAAUGUUAAAGAGCUUGUUCUUAAUUUCGAAAUUGAUCAGCUUGUUGUUGAGUUGCCUCGAAGCCUAUUUAUCUCUGUCAAUCUCGUGGUUUUGAAGUUAGCUGGUGACGUCUUUUUUCGGUUUCCUAUGCCAGUUUUUUUGCCAAGUCUCAAGGUCCUCCAUCUUCAUUCAUUGACGUUUCUAGAUGAUGAUUCUUUCCAAAACAUCCUCUCUGGCUGCCCAGUCCUUGAAGAAUUGGACAUACAGAGGACUAAUCAGGACGAUAACAUAAAGACAUUAUGCAUUUGCUCAUCUACUCUGAAGAAAUUAUGUAUGUAUAACAGCUGUGUAAGACGUCUCCAACCUAGUGUCGUGAUUAAAGCCCCAGUUCUCGAAAUCUUUCAGCUUAAUGAUUUUGGGUCCAGUGUUUUUGAUGUGGAUGAACUCCCCUCCUUAGUUAAAGCCAAUUUAACAUUUUAUUUUGAGAAUCGCAGAAGUGAGGAUUACUAUAAUGGUGUAGUUGGGAUGCUUGGAAAGAUUUCUAAUGUGCAGCAUUUGGAAUUAAGCAAUGGCAUCCCCAAGGUUGUCAUUAAAGCUUUUGACUACAAUACACUGUUGUUUCAUAAUUUGACCCAUUUGCGCUUGCAAAUUUACGAUAUUCAUUGGUCAAUUUUGCUUGACUUGCUUGGCCACAUGCCUAAUUUGAAAGUUUUAGUUUUCAACAAGAACAAGGGUCCCAAAAACUCGGAGUUGUGGAGUGGGGAACCCGAGAGUGUGCCCAAAUGUCUAUCACUUUGCCUGGAGGCAAUUGAAUUUAGUGGAUUUGCAGCUUAUGAGGGGGAAAUGAAGCUGGUAAGGUAUCUUUUGGGGAAUGCAAUGGUUUUGAAGAAGCUGACUAUUACGUCUUGGACUAGGAAUAAAAAAAUAAAGGCAAAUGUUCUGAAGUUUCCAAGAGGAUCAAGCACAUGUCAACUUAAAUUGCUCUACUAUAGCUAUCCCAUAUACUGCAACCACAAGGUAGUGGAGUGGCUUUGAUAUUUGGCAGGAUAUAGCAGCACU